AUGGCCACGCCAGUGUUUGGUACACGGACCGGUGCAACUACCAUCUAUGUCACCUCCACAGAGACGUGGGCGAGCACGCACACCUCCACAUCUCAACUUUCAACAUUGUUAUCUUUUAUUACACAGGCCACUGUUAAUGGAGCAACAACCAUCUAUGUCACCUCCACACGGACGCGGGCGAGCACGCACACAUCCACAUCAGGCACGGUCACAGAUGUCUCGAGCUCUACCUCUUCGGGAGCAACUGUAUCCUCCGACGCACCGAGCGCGUCCGAUCGAUUAAGCACGGGGGCAAAAGCCGGUAUUGGGGCUGGUGUAUCCUUGGGAAUACUUCUACUUGGGGCGUUGGUUGCAUAUACCAUAUUACUGCGGAGGAGAUUGAAGAAAGCGAGUAGAGAAAAUGCACUGCGUGUCGGACCUGCGAUACCACCACUCGGUAUUCCAGAGUUGGGGACGGAGGGCCAGAGGCAUGAGUUGAUGGGCGACAAAGCAUGGCCUGAGCCUUCUCCUAAGGGUACAGAUGGAAAAACACAUGUGCAUGAGUUGGAGUCAUAA